AAUGGAUAUCUCUAUAAUUUUGUUACUUAGUGAAAAAUAUAAUACUCUGGAGGCCAAGGAAAAAUAGAGUGCUCUGUAGUUGCUGGAGCUAAGCACACUCCAGCUAGGUAUCAUUCAAAAGUUUAUCACAGCUCAAGUAGGUCCUUUCUGUUCUGAUUUCUGGAACAUAUGCUCCUGCCUCUCUCAGUGCAGUGUCUCCCUGUACACAUUUAGCUAUAGCUCCUUCUGCUUUUCUGUAAUCUUAGUACUCUCUUGAGCAGAGAGGCACUGAGGUGAAGAGUAGGGCAUUUCGCCAACUCCAUUCCUCCUGUUUUAAAGCUAUAUCAGAUGUGUUUAGGAACUUGUCAAUAGAAAAUAUUACCCAGUUCCUGCAGUGAGUUGCAUUUUUUCAACGCAUCUGAUACUUGUUGAAGUGUGUUGCUACUUAUAAGGUGCUGGAGGUGAAAGACAACAUCUGGUACUCUGUUAAUUUCUGGUUUUAAUCUUCUUCAGCCCCAGAAGUCCUUGGUCCUGAGAAGUAUGACAAAUCAUGUGACAUGUGGUCGUUGGGUGUCAUCACAUAUAUUCUCCUGUGUGGGUUCCCUCCAUUCUACUCAAACACUGGUCAAGCCAUUUCUCCAGGGAUGAAGAGAAGAAUUCGGAUGGGGCAAUAUGGAUUUCCCAAUCCAGAGUGGGCUGAAGUAUCAGAGGAAGCCAAACAACUGAUUCGCCAUUUACUGAAGACUGACCCGACAGAGAGGAUGACAGUUUCUCAAUUUAUGAAUCACCCUUGGAUUAAUAGAUCAAUGGCAGUGCCACCAACCCCUCUUCAUACUGCACGGGUCCUGCAAGAGGAUAAAGACCACUGGGAUGAAGUUAAAGAGGAGAUGACCAGUGCUUUGGCUACCAUGAGAGUGGACUAUGAUCAGGUGAAAAUCAAAGACUUGAAAACAUCCAACAACCGCCUCCUGAACAAACGCCGUAAGAAGCAGAAGCAGGCAGGCAGCUCUUCUGCAGCCCCGGGGUGCAAUAACCAGUGAGAAGAGAAGCCAAGGACCUGUGGGUGGAGGGUAGAAGUUAAAAGGAACAACUGAAAAUCAGUCUGAUCAACUCAGUCCGUACCACAAAUCUGGGCAAUGAGAUCAUGAAGAAGCUAUCCUGCCAAGAGGGAGCAGUGUGAAAGAUUACAUUUUUCUGACUUGAAUCGGGGCUUUGCUUUUCAAGGCUAACAUAUAUGACAUGAUUCUGUUGCAUAUUGCUGGGGAAGGGACAGUAAUACCAGAAAUGUUACGGGUUUUCAUUCUGGCUUUAACACUAUUGGAUGAGAGGAAAGAUCAGGAGGCAGUCUCAGCAUACUAAUGCAUUGAGGCCUUAACAGCCAUCUACAAGAGUAACUUCUGCUACUGUUUUAAACUUGGGAAUAGAAAAAUGCCAAGUGUUCUGCUUGGAGAGUUCUAGUAGUUCAAACGUGAGUAGUGAGAAAGGAGAAAAAUGUCACUGCUCUGUAUACAAGUAGCACAAGUGCAGCUCUAUUAUGGAUGCAUCUGGGCAGCAUUUCAUGUCAGAGUUGGUAAUAGUCAAUUAUUUCCAAACUUACCUCCUGUAGUUACAGAAUAUCACCUAAACAGUAAUCAGUUAUUCCUGUUAUAGGAAGAAAGCAUCCAUACAUUUCCAUUUUUAUAAAGUCUUCCUCUACGCUCAUGUGAAGAUUUGAGUUUGUCUUGGAUUCUCAUUUGAUAACAUGUAAGUUUUCUAAAUUGUAACCAUUGUGUCAUGUCUGUGCCAGUCACAUCCCUCUCUUGUCAUGUUUUUAAUUUAAAUGGUACUUUAUCUGAAGAGUUUUAAUAAGGAUUGAAUUAGUUGAAAGUAUCCUGCAGAGAAUAUUGCUGUUCCUCUUGGAUCCGUAACCUCUAGGGUGUGCAACUGGACAUGCAAUUGUAUACAAGAGACUGCUCUACAAGAGAGACUUUUGAAAUUCGGGAAGAAGUGGCAAAUGCAUGUUCUCUGAAUGGACCCUGGUAUCUGCCAGCAUCCCUUCUGGUAAUUACCUCCAGGUCCCAUACCUGACAUCUGCUGAUCAUAGCAAGUUUUGGGGUGCUGGGGUUGGUUUGUUUCCUGGGCUCAGGGAGGGGAGGAUGCUACUUUAUUUGCAGUGCUUUGUCAGUGUUUCUGCACCCAAAGAUUUUUGCCACCUAAGAGAGAUCACCAAUGAGUAUAUCCACCUUUGGGUUUGGGUUUUUCUCCCCCCAUCUCUUAUCCUUGUUUUAUGGGAUUCUAGCUUUGGUUUGCUGAUUUGUUUUACUUUGUAAUCAAAAUAGUUCCUCUCAUUGUAUUUUGGUUGUUCGGGGUUUUUUUGUUUAUUUUUUUUUUAAGUUGAGGUGAAGCAAAUAUUUGUGAAAGUAUUAUCAGAGUCUAGGGUGAGAAUCCUGUGCUUCUAGUGAUGCAGGCAAAAAUGACUUUGUGGUGGGCACACAGGGUACUGUUGUGUUAAGAGGCUCAGAAGAAUGUUGAAGGUCAAAAAGCAAAACAAGGCUCCAGAGAGGAUCCAAAUUGCCACAUCUAACUGCCAAGCAGAUCUGGUCACCCCCAACAAAGAUCAGCUCAAGGCUUUUGACCUUUUCUGAGGAGCCCUGUUCCCAUCUUCAAAGUGUUGGAUGAGACUUCCAUUCUUCUCUGUGAACUGGUCCUAGGGUUUUAUAAACUGAUUUUAAUAAAUCAUGUUAUAACAUUC